AGUGGAUUUAUCCAAGUCAGCAGCGGAUUUAUCUGAACGCUAAACUAUACAGUAUAGCUAAACCGUUUAGUUUUCGUAGUUUGCAGAAACCUCCAUGUAUAUUUAAGACAGUGGAUCAUAUAGUUCAAUGAAAAAAAUAACCCAUACUGCAUUGUCUGUGAAAUAGCUAAAGCAGUGUUUUGAGUUGGUUUUUGCUACAGUACAGUAGCUAAUUUAGCAUUUCAAUAUUUGCGAGCAACAAUGGAUGUUCUCGAAACAGCAUACGAGGAUUCUAACGCAGUCCCGGACUUCAUUGACUGUGCUGUCUGCUCUAAAUCCAUAAGGGGUGAAACGCUGUAUAAAAUUCACCUGACUACAAUACAGCACAUCAUGAAAGAGGACUCCCUGGUUUCUCUUGGACGAGCCACCAGAGAUCAUGAGGUACCACAUUUCACGGAUCUCAAACAAUACCUGCAAUACCUGGAUCUUGAUGAGCCCAUCAUUGGUUUGAGUGCUCUGGAUGAAGUGGAGCCUGUUGCCCAUGAUAAUCAGCCUGGCCCCAGAUACAUCUGCAGGAUGUGUGAUCUCCAGGCAAGCUUGCCCAACAUGGUCAACCAUAUAAUUGGUCGCAAACAUCGCCAGAAAUACCUGGAGACGAACAGACCAGACCUGAUUACGUGGGUCUCUUCGAAUAGCCUGUUUCAGUCAGGGAAGACUAUACGGGCCAAGGCGGAGGUUUUAGAAAGACAGGAUGGGCAAGGAAGUCCAAAGCCUUUGAAAAAAAAUCGCAACGUGGGCAAGUUAAACAUUUCAAGAGUUCCAGUUAAACAAAAAGGGUCCCAGAAUCAGCCAAAGGGUCGCCCUACACAAGGACCACCGCUUACUCAUUCAUCGUACAAGAGACGGGAAGCACGUCAUCCUCCAGAGGGGCAGGAUUUCCCUGGGGUGGAGUACAAGCACAGAGGAGACCAUCCUGAAGGCGAUCUACAUAGACCUCCUUUUCAUAAAAGCAAUCCCUACUUUUUGGACGACACAAACCGAGAGGCAUAUCUAAGGGAUGAAGACUGUCUUCGGAAUGGUUUUGAAGAUGACACACUUGAUAGAGCAGGCUUUCAUGAAGAUGACCAUCAUAGAAGAGCAUUUAUGGAAGAUGAAUUUUGUCAAAGGGGCCGCUACCUUGAAGAAAAUGAGCAUAGCCAGGAUUAUUUGGAGGACAUGCAUAGACGGGAGAUCUUAGAGGAGAGCGGUUCAAGGCCAAGCCACCCAGAUGAAAUCACUCGCCAGUCGUAUCCUGAAGAUACCUACCUUGAAGCUCCUUCCCGCACCAGGAGCUACCCAGAUAAUGAUCCUCUCGCGCAGUUUUAUUCUGAGGAGGUUCUCCGUAGAACAUCUCAUAGUGUUGAAGCUGCUAAGGAGCGGGUCUUCAGGGAAGAUAAGCCACCCCAUGAUAGGGGCUAUCCUCGUGGUCCUUCCUUUCCAGAGGAAUUUCCUCACAAGCAAGCCUAUACUGACAAAACAACACUUUACUUUGAACAUGCCCAUGGGAGGGCAGAUCAUCGACAGUCUUUCCCUGAACGCUCUUACCCUGAGGAUACCCGCAGAAGUGACGACGAAGAGGAGGAAGCACGACGAAGGGCAUACCCUGAGGAGGAACUGCGGAGGCCAGCAUAUCCGGAAGGCAACCCUAAUAGAUCUCUUGACAGGGACCCAAACGGCCAUGGCUAUCACAAGGGGCUAGAUAGGCAACCAGCCAAUGAACAAGACAGGAGGUUCACGGAUCAAAUGGAGGAACCAAUGGAGACUGAAGGUCAGCGCAAUAGAGAUUAUUUGUUUGACUGUGUCAACACCUUUCAUCAGGAGGGAAGAGGUCUAAAGCACCCAGAGGCAGAGAGAGGGAUGGCACCACCAAGCAUGAGAGGCCCUCCUCAGAGGGCAGCAGAAAGAGUGAAAACUGAGAUCCCAGAACCUUUUAGACGCUUCCUGAAAGGAGCCAUAGAUGAGAAGGGCCCUAUGAAAAGGAAGAGAAAGAGCAGGUUCUCAGAUGCCACGGAACAGGAGUGGGAUGUUGUUGUAAAGAAAAUGCAAGUUGAUGACUGUAGAAGGUCUGAACCCAUUGCCAAGCCACAGGGUGGAUACCACAGUGCAGCCAGCCUCAGGCCGAUGGUAGAGACCACUCCAAACACUGGGAAUGUUCUAGAUGCCCUGGACAACAUAAAGGUUGAGAAUGUAGAAGAAGCCAACUUCCUGAAGGAGAAGCUGUGUAACCUUCUGAAAGAGUUCCAAGCCCAAAAAUCUCAGAAGACAGCAUUAGCGCCCAGGUACAAAAGCCCAGGCCCAGCAGUUAUUUCCAAAGACUACAAUCACAUUAGCAAGAACCAACUGGAAGGUUCCAGAGAUAAUGAAAGAACAUACAGAGAGGUGCCAGAUGAGAGACAUUACGAAGGCCACCCUCCGAGACACUCACAGGAGUGCUACACUCCAGAGACCCCACGGGAUCUAUAUGGAUGGAGACCCAGAGACAUAGACCAGAGAAUGGAGAGGAGAGCCCAAUAUGAAGAGGUUUUUGGUCAGGUAAACAAUUACCCAGAAUCCUAUGAUUCUCCAGAUGAGGCAAGGGCCUACCCCCAUGAGAGGUCGCAGGUGCUUAUGCCCCCUCGUGACUUCCCACCUUCGAAGGAUUUUUACGAUCCCUUCAGUUCUUCAACCCCAGCACACAGGGGUCAGGGAUACAGGAUGGGGGCCCCUCAUUCCACCAGCCUAGACAAAAUCACCUCUACCCUCCUAGAACUUGUGGCAAGGAAAAGGUGAUUUUACUGUAGAAACAUGGCAAUAUUUGUAUUUGUUGUAUUUUGGAUUCUUGAAAGUGUUAAUACUGAUUCCUUGACAUACUGGUUUAAAUAAGGGUUUGGAGCAACUGUUUGAUGUUAAUCAAAAAUGUUUAGAUCUGUUUUCUCUUCACAACAUUUGUAAAUCAUAAACAAUUACAAUAAAAAUAUUUCUGUGAACACAUGAAUUCAGAA